AAGGUUUGGGAAGGAGCGAGACUGCUGGGAAGGGCCGGUAAAGCUCAGCCGCCUUAGAAACACAUGGCUUCACAAGAGAAAAAUCAAGUUCAACCCUUUACAGACAUCUUUGAUGAAGAACAAGCUGAAAGAUCUUUUCUGUUGUCCAAACCCACUUGCUUAAUCGUCUUUGGAAAGCCAGGUUCUGGAAAGAAAACAUUAGCUCAAAAACUAGCACAGAGAUGGAACUGCAUUUUCAUAGAAGCUUCAGAAGUAAUUCAAAUGAAUAUUCAACAAGGAACAGAAUAUGGAAUUAAGUGUCAAGAACUGCUUUGUCAAGGUGAAAGUAUUCCUGAGGAACUGGUGACAGAAAUGAUUCUGCAAAAGAUUGAGUCACCAGAAGUUGCUCAUUUUGGUUAUGUUCUCACUGGAUUUCCUUUUCUCUCGGAGAAAUGCAUGACUGUUCCACAGCAAAUAGAGAAAAUAACAAAUCUAAAAUUAAAACCGGAUAUCCUGAUUAACAUUAAGUGUCCAGAUUAUGAGUUAUGCCAAAGAAUAUCAGGACAAAGGCAAAACCCUGAUUCAGGGGAGAUAUAUCAAAGGAGCCAGUGGGAUCCUAAAGAUAUUGACAAGCGUAAAAAAGAGAAGGAUGAGGAUGAAGAAGAGGAUGAAGAAGAUGAUGAAGAGCAGGAUGAAGAAGACGAGGUAAAUAUUGCGAAUUUGUAAACAAAAAUAGAAUCUUUUCAUCAGUUAGUGCAGAGGCCUGAAGAUUUUCUUGGAAAUGCAGAGAAAAGAAUUGGAACGUACAAGGAUAUAAUGCUUCCUCCUUUAGAAGAAUUUUUGUCUCACCAUGAUUGUCGAUACCUUAUUGAGGUGGAUGGAAGUCAGGAACCAGAUCAUGUCUUUGAGGUAACGGCAGGCCGACUUGAGUCUAUGGAUGUUCAAAAUGCAGCUCCUAUAAUCAGACUUCAAAGUGAAGAAGAAGAAAUCCUGGAAGGAAAGCAAGAUGAUGAACUUUUCCGGGCUCUGUCAUCUUGCAAGCUGAUAGCACCCAGAUAUCGAUGGCGUAGGAGCAGGUGGGGACAAGUGUGUCCCGUGGCUCUAAAAGAAGGGGAUAUCAUAAAGGGAAACCCAGAGUUUGCUGUGAGUUUUCUAGGUAAAAUGUACAUACUGUCAUCCGAAGACGCAUUGAAAAAGUUUGUGUUGAAUCCACGGCCUUACCUCUUACCUCCAAUGCCAGCUUCUCCUUGUAAAGUAUUUGUAUUUGGUCCUCCAUUCUCUGGAAGAACAACUAUUUGUAAUUUAAUUGCACACAAUUAUAAAGGAAAGGUAGGUUCAUAA